GCUCCUGCCACCUUGCCUCAGCAGUCAGCCAGAAAAGAGAAAGACAAGAAGAUCCCAAGGGAACAAAGGGCUUGCAGAGGCAGACCAGGCACACGAGGCCUUCACAAAGCCGGCAGCAGCAGCACUAGAAACACCACAGUCUUCUGCUUGGACCCAUUUCCUUGACAAGGACCUCAAUUGUUGGGCUGCUUCCUCCUCUCCUUGUUUUCAGCUUACCUCUCCUCCUUCAGUCAUGAGCUUGGAGCAUCUGGUCCAGGAUCCGGAGAAAGGGGUCCUUCCAGCGGGGAAUGAGGCUCAGGACCGGCCCUUGUCAUCCCCCAAAAGCCAAGGGGGGCCUUGGAAGUGCCUCAGCAUCACCGCCUUCCUGCUCCUGGUCUUGGCCACCGGGCUCUUCGCCUUCCUCCAGUACGGGACCCUCUUUGGGCAAAAGGACUCUCAGGGAAAUGGAAAGUCAUUUGCUGAAGACAUUCUACCAGAAACAAUGAAACUGCAAGCCCUGGUGUCUGGGAAACCAGCUGCCCAUGCCAUCGCUUCCUUGUACCAUCCUAAUCAACUGAUCUGGACCACCGACGUGGCACCCUCAGUGUUGGAGAAUGGCAUGAAGCUGGACAAGGCAGAGAAUGCCUUGGUGGUGCCCUCUACGGGACUGUAUUUUGUCUACUCUCAACUCCUCUUCCACAAAGCUAGCUGCACCUCUGCGGAGCCCGUGCUGCUCACACAUGAGAUCACGUGGCAUUCUGCCCAGUUCAACACAAAGGUGGACCUGCUGAAAUCCCUGAAGACCGCCUGUGAACACGGGAGGGAUCCCCCACACCAGGGCAAGAUGUGGUUCGAAUCCAUUUAUCAGGGGGCUGUCUUCAAGCUGCACAAAGGAGAUCGCCUGUGGUCCAAAACAAAUGCUGUGGAGUAUCUGGACCUAGAUCGACAAGGACAAAUCUACUUUGGGGUCAUUGCCAUGUAAGGAAAUUCUUGCACUGAGUGCCCUCUCUGGAGUCAUUCCGGGUUUUCCCCCUCUUACCUGGUCCCAUUACUUUCCUUUUUUGUGCCCACUCUCCAAAUGCUGCCUCAUUGGGUCAAAACUGUGAACUGACACAAGAAGUAUGGGAUUUUAGAGUGGAUGAGAGAUAACCUAGUAUUAUUUCAGGCUGAAUUAUUCUUGAUCAAUACCUUAUUUAUAUCUAUUUAUUUAUGUGUUCAGUGAUAAUAUUAUUGAGAUGCUGAGACUAUAAUGAAUGUUCACUUAAUUUGUCAGCUGGCUGGC